AUGGAUAACAAUACAACAACUAUAUUCUCUGCUCCAGUGGAGAGCUCUGUGCCUGUGGUUUCUGUCUCGGCCAGUGAUUGCUUUAAUUCUUCCCGUCUUAAUUCAAAAUCUAAUUUUAAUCGUGUUGAUAAUUUCGAUUCUUUUCGUGGAGAUUCUAAAUUACCCGACUUCUCUUUUACGAAUAAUUUGACUAAUUAUUCUGGUGCUAUUGAUGAUUCUUAUUUGUCGGCUUAUAAUUCCAUCGAUACUAAUAAACCUGUAGUUAGAAGGUCAAGUGAAAGGCGUCCAUCAAGAAGGCACAAUCAUAGUGAUUCUAUCGGUGAAGAUAAAUUUAGAAAUGGCCCUCAAGUCACAAUCCUCAAAAGACCUCAAUCUGCUACCGAUUUUGUAAAAUCUUCUAAUAAUAAUGUUACUUCUUCUAAAACUUUUCUUGAUGUUACUCGUGAAGAACAAGAUUAUCAACUUCCUUCUGCGGUUGGUGAUUAUUCUAAAGAACGUCGUCGUUCUGAUGCCUCCCCUACAAAAUCUAAAUGUUCUCAACGGCGUAAAGAUGUAAAAUCCAUGUCUGGGGUUUUACAAUCGUUAUCUUAUUCGCCAAAGAUCGACCCUGCUUGUUUAUCUGUACCUCCUCAGCAAACGAACAACGCCUUUUAUUUUCCCCCUCUCAACUAUUCUAACGCGAUUCUUGCUCUUGAAGAAGAAAUGUGUAGUAAACAUGAUGAUAAUGAACCUUCUGUCAAUAACGCCCAUAUUAAAAGUAAUUUUGACAAGUCUUUGAACAAAAACCAUAAAAGACGUUCGGAUAUCUUUCUCUCUACUAAUGCUCCAUUUAUUCCGGAAAAUGCUCCUCGCCGUCAAUCCAGUACAGCUAUCGAAUUGCAAAGUCAUGUUGCUUCCUUUGCAAGUCAUGAUGCUGUUAAUUUUUCCAUGUUAUCAACCACUCCUCCGGCAUAUCGUAGGCCAUCUACUUCUCCGGAUAGACUCAUGGCAUCAAAGCUUUAUGCUGGUCCUACCUUCCAUAAUUCUCCUGCUCCUAGUGAUUUACCUUUACCAUCUUUCCUUAGUAAACCUCCCAGUAAGGAAUCUAGUCCAACGACUCCCAAUGCUAUCUUGCCAGUUUUCACCCCAUCCAGGGUUCCGUCUCCUUCUUUGUCCUCUGGCAAUUCCUCUGAUGAUGAUAUGUUCACUAUGGAUGAUGUAGAACCUGAUGCCGUUAGAUAUUCUGAUAGAUUUUAUCCUGUACGAAAACAAGAGUCUUCUGGACUUCUACGUAUCUUAUCUGAUCGUCAAUAUAAUUCAUCCUCUGCAUACAUGGUUCCCGAACGUAUGGCCACUUCUCAUAAUCCUACUCAAGUUUAUCCUACCAGAGAUGGAUUGUCGUUAACCGAAAUUUCGGAAAGUUUAAGAACUUUGUUAAAAAUUCAUGGGCAAUAA